CAAUUUUAUUGAAAUAUUCAGAAGCAAAAACGAAUUCUUCUGAUGUUUCGAACGUUGUAAAACAUUAUAAAGGUGUAAAAUCGAUAGAAGAAUUCGAAAACAACUUAAAAAAUUUAACAAAACGAAUUUUGAAGACCUUUAUGCCACAGAUCAUCAAUUACGGUUACAAUUUGAAUCUCAGUUUGCCUUGUUUAGGAGCUUUCAUGACAUGGGCUGGUGGUUUGCAGACACUCAAAGAAUGGGCGUUUUUAAUGAUCGAUGCUAAUGGUAUUAACAGUGGAUUUCUGGAUGGCACCCUGUGGAUGGUAGGUGCUUACGAUCAAUGUUUAGAGAUCUCUGUGCCUAAGAACGAACGAUUACCCAUCUCAAAUGAGAAUUUAAAGUUUCGUGGUCAAAUGUGUACCGUUAAAAUUCGACCAGCAGAAGGAGUAUUAAAAGCAAUCGAAGCAUUCCAGAAAGGAAAUGAAAGUGGCAUUUCGUUGAAAGAUCGUAAAACGGUAACACGUUAUUAUAGUUUAUUACGCCAGGGCUUGGAGAAAGGUUAUCAAAGAUUGGACAUAUGUUUACCAGAUAAGUGCACUUUGAGUGACAUGAAUAAAAUGACAGAAGCAGCUGCAAAGAUAAUUGGAAACGAAAUUUCUACAUCUCGCUGCGAAACGUCUCAAACUCCAAACACAAUCGACACUCUUCAAAUAAUAAUUCUUUGUUUAUUUGGCAUUAACAUCUUUUUUGUUUUAUUUGGUACACUUUACGAUGUGUUAACUCGAGCGUUGAAGAUCGGUUUAUUUGAUAAUUGCUAUAUUUUUGGUGUCCUUCGUGAUUUUUCUUUGUAUUUUAAUGCCGAAAAGUUUUCAAAAUUGGAAAGGCACCCUAAAGAAGUGAAGUGUAUCAAUGGAAUGAUUGUCAUUACAUCGAUAUGGAUCGUUUUCUUGCAUACUUAUACAUUUCCAGGAAUGGUCGAAUGCAUUUCUUUCAGAAGCUUGAAAAAUAUAUUUUUAUUCCCUAAACAAUUUUUAUUUGUUCCUAUUGGGAAUGGGCCUAUUUCUGUGGAUUCGUUCUUCUUUAUCAGCGGUUUUCUUCUCACCUUCAGCAUGUGGAAAAAAAGUUUAAAGAAAGAGAAAAUCAAUUAUAUCUUCUUCUUGCUUUCUAAAUAUUGGAGAUUAACUAUAGCGCAACUUUUAGCCAUGGGUGUGACCAUCAUACUUCCACUUUUUGGAUCUGGUCCAUUAUGGUACGAUAUGGUUCAUCAACAAGCGACAAAUUGCAAAGAAAAAUGGUGGAUUAAUAUGAUUUACAUACAAAAUCUAUGGCCUAUAAGUCAAAAACUAAAAGAAAUGUGUUUGAUACACACUUGGUUUCUGGCAUGUUGGAUGCAAUUUUUUGUAUUGAGCGUUUUCAUAUUAUUGUUAAUACGCUGGAAAGAAAUUUACGGUAUUAUCGCAACCAUUAUGUUAAUAGUAAUUGGUUGCGUGACAACAGCAAUUGAUAUGAAACUUAAUGAUAUAAGUAUCAUACCUAAUAUUUACGUUAAUAAUUAUUAUGAUGUAGAAAAUGUGGUGACUGGGCUCUAUUUUAAACCACAUCUUCAUUUGGGAAGUUAUGGCAUGGGCAUAAUAUUAGGAAUCUUCAUGAUACAUUUUCCGGAUUUAAAGUUAAGAAAUAGGACACUAAUAAUUGGUUGGUUCGUGGGCAUAACCUGCAGUUUGGUAUCGUUAUACGGCUUGUUCGGAUAUGAAGGAGUUUAUCCAAUGAAAUUGAUACCCGGUAUAGCAUAUACUGUGUUCUAUGGUCUAGCUUGGGUCGCUGGAAUCGGUUGGAUUAUACUUGUCUGCCAUUCUGGAUAUGGAGGAAUAGUGGAUAAAAUUCUAUCUUGGAAAAUUUUUAUUCCACUAUAUCGACUUUCCUUUCUGGCAUACAUCUUUCAUCCUAUUGUAAUAAUAUAUCAUCAAGGAAGAUUAAGAGAAAAAUUAUAUCUCGGACACGUGGAUAUGAUGCUGCUAGCCAUUAGUUACUCAGUUGUAAGUUAUCUAUUAGCAUUCCUAUUCCAUAUAUGUGUAGAAAUGCCUUUAAACCAAUUGAAUUCUAAACUAAGCAAAACGAUGAAAAUUUUCACUUUUAAUAAAAAAUUAGGGAAAAUUUCGUCGACGAAAAUCACCCAGAAGAAUAAAAAUGAUGUAAAGAUUGUCAUUGAAGAAGUUUAUAUAUAUCUGGCAACUUUGGUAAUUACCUUGUGUUUGUCCUACUUGUUUAAUGUCACUUUCGAGCAACCAUUUAAAAAAAUCGAAAUGAUUAUUAAGAAAAAUUUAACUCGGACUCGAAACAAUCUUCCAGACGCCAUUCCUUCAUCUCAUCCUCCUCUUUCGUCUCCUUCAUUUCACUUAAAAAAUCCUGAAAUAAUAAUAACUCCCGCUACACCCGUUCCUGUAGACAAUCAUUCUUCUCAAUUAUUAACUAUAGCGCAACUUUUAGCCAUGGGUGUGACCAUCAUACUUCCACUUUUUGGAUCUGGUCCAUUAUGGUACGAUAUGGUUCAUCAACAAGCGACAAAUUGCAAAGAAAAAUGGUGGAUUAAUAUGAUUUACAUACAAAAUCUAUGGCCUAUAAGUCAAAAACUAAAAGAAAUGUGUUUGAUACACACUUGGUUUCUGGCAUGUUGGAUGCAAUUUUUUGUAUUGAGCGUUUUCAUAUUAUUGUUAAUACGCUGGAAAGAAAUUUACGGUAUUAUCGCAACCAUUAUGUUAAUAGUAAUUGGCUGCGUGACAACAGCAAUUGAUAUGAAACUUAAUGAUAUAAGUAUCAUACCUAAUAUUUACGUUAAUAAUUAUUAUGAUGUAGAAAAUGUGGUGACUGGGCUCUAUUUUAAACCACAUCUUCAUUUGGGAAGUUAUGGCAUGGGCAUAAUAUUAGGAAUCUUCAUGAUACAUUUUCCGGAUUUAAAGUUAAGAAAUAGGACACUAAUAAUUGGUUGGUUCGUGGGCAUAACCUGCAGUUUGGUAUCGUUAUACGGCUUGUUCGGAUAUGAAGGAGUUUAUCCAAUGAAAUUGAUACCCGGUAUAGCAUAUACUGUGUUCUAUGGUCUAGCUUGGGUCGCUGGAAUCGGUUGGAUUAUACUUGUCUGCCAUUCUGGAUAUGGAGGAAUAGUGGAUAAAAUUCUAUCUUGGAAAAUUUUUAUUCCACUAUAUCGACUUUCCUUUCUGGCAUACAUCUUUCAUCCUAUUGUAAUAAUAUAUCAUCAAGGAAGAUUAAGAGAAAAAUUAUAUCUCGGACACGUGGAUAUGAUGCUGCUAGCCAUUAGUUACUCAGUUGGAAAAUUUCGUCGACGAAAAUCACCCAGAAGAAUAAAAAUGAUGUAA